AUGACUUCUCAUCUGAUGGCCCCCUUCUGCCUGCUGACCCUGCUGCUGCCACCUCUCAGUUUGGGAGCCCCCACGUCCACAGCUGAGUCUAUCACCCAAGCCUAUAACCUGGCGCUCGACAUGCAGAUGCAGACUUCAGCCCUGCUGCAGACUUACCUCGAGCACCAAGGCACUCCCUUUAGUGAUCCCGACUUCUCAUCCCCCGGACUCUCGCUCAUAACCCUGCCUUCGACCGACAUGCCCUUCGAGAUCUGGCACGGCCUGGAAGAUGGAGAACGUCUGAGCCUCACCCAGGAGGCCUUCUGGUCCUUCAGCCAGCACUUCCAGCUUGCGAAGGAUGAUCAGAGUGACCUGAACCCUGGCAAUUCCAUUGUGGUGGGUCAGCUUGAGGAAGCAAGACUCAAGGCCAAAGGCCUAGCGGGCAACUUGGCUGGCAUCAUGACUGCCCUGGACCUGCUCACCCCCCCAGAAAACACCCCCCAUGGUAGUGUCCCUUUAGGGGACUCGGUCUUCGAGAGGAAGUGUCGAGGGUAUGUAAUAAUCCGGGACUACAGCUUUUGGACAGACCGAGCUGUGACUUUCUUGGGUGAGCUCAAGGCCAAAUACUCUGAAUAGAGGAGGUGGGACUUCCUGUUAGAGGCUGCAACCCUUUCCCCUUCAGUGGAUUCUUCCUUUUUUUUUUUUUUCUCACAAGGGAUUCUUUUAUGCCUUGCUCUUGGCUAGACAGGAGACACAUGUUGUCUAGCAGACAGGGCUUGUGUACCACGUACUUGGGAACAUUUCCUGGGGACCAGGCCUCUAGUUCUUAUACCUGGGCCUUCCUGCCCAGGUCCUGUGGCCCCCCUUCCAGAUCUGGGUGGGACUCCAUGGACAGCAUGUCAUGAAUUCCCAUUCCCGUCGUACUGGUGCUCACUUCCUGGGUGGAAAGAAAUACCUCUUUGAAGACGCUUCACUUACAGUCCAUGGGGUCACAAAGAGUCGGGAGUGACUGAGCGACUAACACUUUUCACUUUCACUUCCCACUCUA